AUGAUUUAUUCUCAGUAAACAUAAUAAGAAUACAAAGAAAUGGGAUUACAAGGAUUUGAUGCAUCUGAUCACUCCUUAGCUCAACUACAAUAAGAGAAAACCAGAUUAAACCAGGUAUUUUGUGGAGUUAUUUUAGGAACGAUAAGAAUUCAUAUUUUUUAUGCAAGAGUACAUCGUGGAUUGUCUUACUUAUGAAAAUCAAGAGAUUGAUGAUGAUGUACAGACAUUCUAUAAUAUCAGUAGGUUGUUUAAAAGAUAAAAAAUAUAUGUUAAAAAAUGGUACUUAAACCCUUAUGGAAUUACGAAGAUUUUAGUGUGGAAUUGGAGCAGCAACUGGAGACUUUAACACGUAAGCACAAACUUUCUAUUUUGAAUAUUUUAGACGAUUAUAUCGUAUUGAAUUAAGUCAAAUUAAUCAUUUCCAGUUUCGAUGCAUAUAACUAAACCAAGUUUAAUUAAAUAAGUAUUCACUGUCUUUAAACAUUGAAAAACCUAAGUUCUACAGAGACAAAGUAAUUAAAGAGGAUGAAUCAGUACAUUGAAGGUAUUUAUAAACAAUAACCAAAGUACAAGAAUUGAUUCCGAACUAAUCGGAUCGAGUGGAAGAGAUUAAUUAGCUGCUUACAAUUUUGAUCUCGUAUAAUCUUAUUAUUUUAUAUUAGAAUGCAAGAUAAUACACUUUUCAUGGAAUCCUGGAACUAUUCUUCUAACUAAUUUGUGAACACAAAUUAACAAGAUUUAUAAUACUAGGUCAAAAAAUAGGAUGCCGAUGUUAUUUUGAUUGAUACGUAUGGGAUCAAUCAAGAAGUGGCAAGAACUCUAUUUUAAUUGCUGCCUGAUUAUGAACUAGUUUUGCCUCAACUCCUAUCCACAAUUAACUUAAACAAGGGUAAUUUGUAACAUGUAAGAAAUUCUACAUUACCUAUUUAAUUAGGCAUUGUCCAAUUUGUACGAUUUGCAAUCUAAAAUGAUGGAUCACCUGAACCCUCUCACUUUAAAGGGCAAGGGCAUGGUUUGUUGUGCAAAUGAAGGCUUUGCAGGGAAUGAAUUUAUAUGUUUUUACUUUGGUGAAGUAUACACCCCGUAGAGAUGGUUCGAGAAAUAAACAAUAUUCCACAAGAGAAUGUAGGAUGGCAAUCGAAAAACAUGUUCUCAAAGUCCAUAUGCCGAAUUCUUCAUUCAUGAUGAUCUGCUGGUAAUGUUUGAAAAAUAAGUUUAAGUUUAUAGACCCCUCUAGGUAUGGAAAUAUGGCUCAGCACAUUUCAUAUUCAUGUGAUCCCAAUUGUAGACUUACCACGGUGACUGUUCACUAACAGAAUUUGUUGGCAGUUAUUGCAUCAAGAAAAAUCAAUUGCUUUGAGGAAUUGACCUUGCCCUUCCCUUAAACUUCCCAAGAUCAAUGUCUAUGUGGAUCAAUACAUUGCAAACGAAAAUAAAGUCUAGAAUUAGAAAGUGCUCAUCAAUUUAGCAUUUACUCAAAUUAUAUAGAAAGAAAUGUAAUUUUGCUUCAAUCCACUUUAAUGUCUAACCAAAACACAUAAAAUGAUAUCCCUGAAUGGUUGGCUAAUUGGCAGAAGCUUAACCAUUAAUAGAAUUACAUUAACAUUUUAUCCUGCGUUGAUAAAGUCAAAUUUGUUUUAUAACAUUUAAAGACGAUAUAACCGCCCAUUUUUCUAGUAACUAACAUUUUCAAUUAAUUCUGGAAGAAUUCAGAAACCAAUACAUAAAAAAUCCAAAUGGAGUCCUCAAUUAUGAAUGAAAUUGUUGUGUUCCUAAAGAGACAUUCAUAAUUGCAUUAAUGCUAAAUAGGAUUAGAAAUAAUCAAUCAAAUGAGGAAGAUUAUUGACUAAAAUAAUGACUAUGCUCUGCAAUUGACAAGAAUGCUCUUUUUAUUAUUGAGCGAGAUUAUUUUGAAUAUAGAAUCCUGUUCAUUCAAUAACAAAGCCUUCUCCACUAUUUUGUACUUCAUGUCAUUCACUCACACAUACUUCUCAUCCACCUAAUAUUAGGGAUUUGAUGGAAAACCCUUCGAAGAAACCGAAUUUGAAUACAUUCCUUAACCAAAAAAUAAAUCGAAAUUGACAUUAUCUAAAUAAUAUACACCUUAAUUCAUUUGGGGUUAAUUGAUCAAUUGGAAUAAGUAAACACUAUAAAAUCCUUAAUCUUCAAUGGCACAAGAGAGGAGAGGAGUUUUGUGCUAUCCCUCCUUGCUAUUAUCAUUUGAUAAUAAACAUAAGACUUUUCCAUAUUAAUGUAAGACCAGAGAGAAAUAUCUGGAGUAUUUUUAAUCCAAAAAAGAGAUUCAACCUGAUUUAUCAACUUGGUCAUACAAAAACUAACAUAAGUACUAUAUUUUAACCUAUUUUAGCAUAUAUGGAACAAUAUUUUUUGAAUAAUACUUCUCCUUAAAUAAGGUUGGAGAGGAGUUUGUUAGUCAAGUAUGUAAACUAGGCACGCAAACAUUUGAAAAAAAAUUUCAGUAUUGGUUGUAUAUCGAAAAUUGUUUCGAUAUGAAUCAAUAGCUAGUAGAUGAUUUAUAGACCAUCUUUUCAGAGUAUAAAUUUAAUUAAAUUUAAUUAGAAACUUUUAAGCUUUUUUUGAUCAAACUCCAAAAAGCAAUUUAUCUACAGAUUACGAUGAUAAUUAAAGAAAAAAAGUUAAGUACAAUUAAGAUACAAUAAUUGCCGAAGAAACUCAAUUUAGUACAUAUUGA